AUGAGAGGCAUGACUAGCGGGUCUUCGUGUUAUUUUGAUGCAUGUGAUGAACAGCGGGUGUUUGAGUGGAUAACGUCCACAGGACUUGAGAAUGUGCUUGAUAGGGUGAAUGAUGGAUCUGUGGAGGUGACGCCCAGUUUAUUCAAAUGUGUUGCUAGAGUGUGUCUGGGAAAUGUGCUGAGAACGCUUCCGAGAUCGAUUGAUCUGGUGGGCGAGGCUGGCUUAGCAAGAAGUAAUGGAGCGGUGCUCGGUGAAAUCGAUGCAGACAUUAUGGACGGCUUGCUGGAUGCAGAUGGUGCAAAGGAUGGAUCUUUCCUGUCGAAAGUAUCUCUUAGGCUCAUCAUUGCAACGAUAGCAAAGGCAUCCAGAAAGGAUGUGGAGGCAACGUUUGAUGCAAACGAUAUAUAUGGGCUGGUUGGAAUGAUGAGGUCUGAUGAUCCCAAGGAACGGAUGUAUAUUUGCCAGGUACUUCUUGGUGUUUGUAUGUGCUCAACACAUGCGGCAGCAGUCAAAACGGCCAUUUUUAACGAGAUCACAAGCUUUAUUGAAGGUAUCCGUGUGCACACUGGGAUUGAUGAUCUGCUCAAGAUUGUGAGUGUGGCUGUGUCAGAGAAGAAGUACGAAUGGCAGGAGGUUUAUGUGUUUUACUUCGAAGCAAUACUGAGAAUGGCAAGAAGCCAACGAUGCCAAGGAGUGAACCAGAUAGGAUGUGUGAUUAAAGCAUUCCACAGAAGAUAUCCAAGAGUUUUGCCGUUAGGGCUGAAGUAUUUCAGAAAGGUAUUUGGUGAUAUGUGCUCUGCCAGCAAGGUGAUGAUUGCUUGUGCUGUGAAUGAUGCAAUUGAAUGGAUGAGUCCCGAGAUGCAUUCUGAGGUGAGCGGAGUGAUGUAUGAGUUGAUUAGCCUGUUCUUUUGCUCCGAUCAUUACCUUGUUAUUGAGGUUGCAGCAGACAUGGUGCUGGUAAAUGCAUCAGGCAUUCUGCACAAGAACAGAAGGGAGUUUAUUCCGAGGGUUUUUGAAUCGGUCUACAGGGCAUCGAAGAGGUGUUGGCAUGCAGAGAGUGCUAGUAAAGUGCUGAAGAGUCUUUUAGCUGUUUUCUGGAUGGAUAGUAGUAUGUUUGAGGCAUGCUUGAAGAAAUACAACAAAAAGAGAUGGGAAAGUGGAAUUUACAGGAUGGAUAGAAGUAGCAAUCACUAG